GUAACGAGGACAGGUGGGAACAGGUAGACAGACAGAGGACUGACAGCUUCAGCCAUGACGAGCAGAAAAAUGUCAUUGCUUGAGCUUUGGAGGAGAAACAAGGAGAGAAGAUUUCUUCUGAAGAGAGCCAAUCAGCUGAGAUGCCUUCCUCCACAGCUGAGGCGGCUACUCGCUGACAGGGGGGUUCGAGAGUCCCUGCAUGAUGCCAGGAUGGCCCCUCUGCUGCCCCCUGUUGGUUCAGAGGUCUUCAGGCGUUUCACCCCGGCCUCACUGGAGGAAAUCCAACGCCGACAUGAAGUGGAGGAGAAGGAGCAACAGAAGAAGAAGGAGAGGAACAUAGAGAUUGCAGAGGAAGAUCUUCCCAAACCAGCAAGUGACUUGGAGGCUGGGAAGCCCCUCCCAUUCAUCUAUGGAGACCCGCCCCCUGAGCUUCUUAACAAGCCAUUGGAGGAGCUGGACCCCUUCUACCAAUCACAGAAGACGUUCAUCGUGAUCGGUAAAGGGAACAUCAUCUACAGGUUUAACGCUGAGCCGGCCUGUUACCUGCUGGGUCCGUUCAACCCGCUGAGGACCCUUGCCAUCAAGAUCCUCAUUCACUCUUUAUUCAGUUUGUUCAUCAUGGUGACGAUUCUGACCAACUGUGCGUUCAUGACGAUGAGCGAUCCUCCAGCGUGGAGCAAGAUUGUGGAAUACGUGUUUACAUUCAUUUACACAUUCGAAGCAAUGACCAAAGUUCUGUCCAGAGGAUUCUGUGUCGGAGAUUUCACUUUCCUCAAAGACCCCUGGAACUGGCUGGAUUUCAUGGUCAUCAGCAUGGCAUACCUGACUGAAUUUGUAGAUUUGGGAAAUGUUUCUGUGUUGAGGACGUUCAGAGUUCUUCGAGCUCUGAAGACCAUCACUGUGAUCCCAGGUCUGAAGACGAUAGUCGGAGCUCUCAUGCAAUCAGUGAAGAAGCUGGGUGAUGUCAUGAUCCUGACCGUGUUCUGCCUCAGUGUCUUCGCUCUGAUUGGCCUGCAGCUCUUCAUGGGAAAUCUGCGGCAAAAAUGUGUCGUCAACCCAGUGCUGUUGCUUAGCAACCACACGUCUGACAGUGACUUAAAUAUUGGUUUCCGUGACAACAACACCCACGCCAACACUACAGGAAGUGGCGACUUUGAUUUUAAUGAACACAUCAACAAUCCAGAGAAUUACUACUUCCAGCCCGGGCAGCUUGAUGCUCUGCUGUGUGGAAACAGUUCUGAUAGUGGGGUCUGUCCGGAGGGUUACGUCUGUCUGAGAGUGGGGAGAAACCCAAACUACGGCUACACCAGCUACGACACGUUUGGUUGGGCGUUCCUGUCUCUGUUCAGACUGAUGACCCAGGACUUCUGGGAAAACCUCUUCCAUCUGACGCUGCGAUCAGCAGGUAAGACCUACAUGAUCUUCUUCGUGGUGGUCAUCUUCCUCGGCUCGUUCUACCUCAUUAACCUGAUCCUGGCCGUGGUCGCCAUGGCGUAUGCUGAACAGAACGAGGCCACUCUGGCUGAGGCCAAACAGAAGGAGGAAGAGUACACUCAGCUUCUGGAGGCGCUGAAAAAGAGAGAGGAGGAGCAGGCAGCCUGCAGGGCAGCGCUCUCAGAGGAGGACCAAGAACACACUGCCAUGGAAGACUUUGAAGACGACCAGAGGCCGUGUCCUCCAUGUUGGUACACCUUUGCCGACAUCUGCCUGAAGUGGAACUGCUGUGGCUGUUGGCAGUGGCUCAAACAGUGGCUCUACACCAUUGUAAUGGACCCAUUUGUUGACCUCGGCAUCACCAUCUGUAUUGUCCUCAACACAGUUUUCAUGGCCAUGGAGCAUUAUCCAAUGACAGAGGACUUUGAGGAACUUCUGAGUGUUGGAAAUCUGGUCUUUACAGGGAUCUUCACAGCUGAGAUGGUACUCAAACUUCUGGCCAUGGACCCGUACUACUACUUCCAGGUGGGCUGGAACAUCUUCGACAGCAUCAUCGUCACCAUGAGUCUGGUGGAGCUGGGACUGGCUAACGUCCAGGGCCUGUCUGUGCUGCGCUCCUUCCGAUUGAUGCGAGUGUUUAAACUGGCCAAGUCGUGGCCGACCCUCAACAUGUUGAUUAAGAUCAUUGGAAACUCGGUGGGGGCUCUGGGAAACCUGACUCUGGUUCUGGCCAUCAUCGUCUUCAUCUUCGCCGUCGUCGGCAUGCAGUUGUUCGGGAAGAAUUACAAAGACUGCGUCUGUCGCAUCUCACUUGACUGCGAGCUUCCUCGCUGGCACAUGCACGACUUUUUCCACGCCUUCCUCAUCAUCUUCAGGGUCCUGUGUGGAGAGUGGAUCGAGACCAUGUGGGACUGCAUGGAGGUCUCAGGUCAGGCCAUGUGUCUGAUUAUCUACAUGAUGGUUCUCGUCAUUGGAAACUUGGUGGUCCUGAAUCUCUUUCUGGCCUUGCUGCUGAGCUCCUUCAGUGGUGAUAAUCUUGCGGCUCCGGAAGAUGAAGGAGAAAACAACUUGCAGAUUGCCAUAAACCGGAUCAGUAGAGCUCUGGCCUGGAUAAAGACCUGGAUCCUUAAACAUAUAUGGAAUUUGAUGGGAAAGAAAACCCCAGUCAACCCAGACAACAGCGUGGUCGACAGUGAGGAAGGCGAUAGGACGACAAAGGACUUUUUGGCUUUGACCUUUUUGACCUCAGACCAGCCAGCAUCAGAGGUCAAAUCCCCUGGCUGUGACCAUGGCAACCUGACCAGCAUCUACCACAACAUUGUCUCCCUGAGGGUCCCCAUCGCCAAGGCCGAGUCCGACUUCGAGACGCCUGACAAUGAUGAUGAUGACGAUGAAGACGAUGAGGAUGAAGAGGACGAAGCUGAAAAGGACAAAGACAAGCACUCCCAAUGUGAAGAGUCGUCGGUCUGCAGCACUGUACAGAAACUUCCUGAAGGCCAGGAGGACGAAGACGAGGAAGAUCACGAUGAAAACACACCUGAGAACUGCUGGAGUGACAAGUGUUACCAGCGCUGCCCGUUCCUGGACAUAGACGUGUCCCAGGGCAGAUGGAAGGUCUGGUCUAACUUCAGGAGAACCUGUUUCUCCAUCGUAGAACACAACUACUUUGAGACCUUCAUCAUUUUCAUGAUCCUGAUGAGCAGUGGAGCUCUGGCAUUUGAGGACAUCUACCUGGAGCAACGUCGGGUCAUAAAGACGGUUCUGGAGUACGCAGACCAGGUGUUCACCUAUGUGUUCGUGGUGGAGAUGGUUCUCAAGUGGGUCGCCUAUGGAUUCAAGACUUACUUCACCAACGCCUGGUGCUGGCUCGACUUCCUCAUUGUAGACGUGUCUCUGGUGUCUCUGACUGCAAACAUCUUGGGAUACUCUGAGCUGGGAGCAAUCAAGUCUCUGAGGACUCUGAGAGCUCUGAGGCCCCUGAGGGCCCUGUCUCGCUUCGAAGGAAUGAGGGUGGUGGUGAAUGCUCUGGUCGGAGCAAUCCCAUCCAUCUUUAAUGUGCUGCUGGUGUGUCUGAUCUUCUGGCUGAUCUUCAGUAUCAUGGGAGUCAAUCUCUUUGCAGGAAAGUUUUAUUACUGUUUUAAUGAGACGUCUGAGGAAAUGUUCCAUUCUGAUGACAUCAACAAUAAGACUGAGUGUUUAGCUCUGAUGGAGGCAAACUACACUGAGGUCCGCUGGAAGAACCUGAAGGUCAACUUCGACAAUGUGGGAAUGGGCUACCUGUCGCUGUUGCAAGUGGCCACAUUUAAAGGCUGGAUGGACAUCAUGUACGCAGCAGUGGACUCCAGAGAGGUCAGCCUCCUCCUCGCUGACAUCAUAGAGAAAUAUUUUGUCUCACCCACGCUCUUCCGUGUGAUCCGAUUGGCUCGUAUUGGCCGAGUCCUUCGUCUCAUUCGUGGAGCCAAAGGAAUCCGGACUCUGCUGUUUGCUCUGAUGAUGUCUCUUCCUGCCCUGUUCAACAUUGGUCUCCUCCUCUUCCUCAUCAUGUUCAUUUUCUCCAUCUUUGGCAUGUCUAACUUUGCCUACGUGAAGAAGGAGGCCAUGAUUGAUGACAUAUUUAACUUUGAGACAUUUGGGAACAGCAUGAUCUGUCUGUUUAUGAUCACAACAUCAGCUGGAUGGGACGGUCUGCUGAAUCCCAUCAUGAACACGCCGCCGGACUGUGACCCCGACGUAGAGAACCCGGGAACGACGGUUAGAGGGAACUGUGGCACCCCAGCGUUGGGCAUCGUCUUUUUUACCACCUACAUCAUCAUGUCCUUCCUGGUGGUGGUCAACAUGUACAUCGCCAUCAUCCUGGAGAACUUCAACGUGGCCACAGAGGAGAGCGCUGACCCACUUUGUGAGGAUGACUUUGAGAUGUUUUAUGAAACCUGGGAGAAGUUCGACCCUGACGCAUCACAGUUUAUACAGUACAGUGAGUUGUCAGAUUUCUGCGACACUCUGAAGGAUCCUCUGAGGAUUUCCAAACCAAACACCAUCAAACUGAUCCAGAUGGAUCUGCCUCUUGUUCCUGGAGACAAGAUCCACUGUCUGGACAUCCUGCUCGCACUGACUGCACAGGUUUUGGGUGAUUCAGGAGCAAUGGACACUCUUAAAGCCAGCAUGGAGGAGAAGUUCAUGGCCAACAACCCUUCCAAGGUGUCGUAUGAACCAAUCAGCAGCACUCUGCGGAGGAAACAGGAAGAAGUGGCGGCGACAGUGAUCCAGAGAGCAUACAGGAAACACCUUCUGCAGCGGACGGUCAAACUGGCGUCCUAUAAAUACAGAGAGAAGACAGAGGGACGACGAGAUGAGGAAGCGCCGCCAGAGACAGAAGGACUGCUCUAUAAACGAAUCAGUCAGCUGUAUGGAGAUGGAACAGAGACAGAGGAGUCUGUCCGGGUGGAGCUUCAGAGGGACAUUCUCCUCCACGCUGCUCCUCCUCUCAACGCCCCCAACUUUCUGCGAGAUGAGAACCUAAAGGAGUCUAUUGUCUGAUAUGUUUCUCCUGUUUCUUCUUGCUUUCCUCUGCAGCAUGCAAACUCACCUGUGGAGCGUUCCUGUCGGAGGAACAGUGGACAGAUCCUGUGUUAGCUUCAGCUUCUGUAAGGACUCAGCAGAGACGACUCGAUUUACAGUUGGUCCGUUUGAUGAGCAAACGCUGCAGAUUCGGACCAGUCGAUGAGUUUUAUUAAACUGUGGGUUGAUUCUGUGCUCUUUUUCUGGCUUUGCACUUGAACAUGUUUUAUUCCUGCAUCUUAACGUUCUGUUUGUGUUGAGGUGUUCGGGGAGCUUCUAACAGAGCUCAAUCUCUGCCCAGGCUUGCUGAAACACUGUAUGUGAUAUUAAACAUUACAUAUAAACUUGAUUUAACUACCUAGGCAGGUUAUUACUAACACGUACAUAACGCAUAUUAUUAUGUUAUCAGUAAUCUGUGACAGUGGGCUAUUAUUCCCAGCCGGCUGAAUUUAACUGUUCGCAGGUGUUUAUUGUGCCACAAACCAACUAUUCUCCUUUCCGUGUCACAGACAGUGAAGUGAUAAUGUGAAGUGUGUAAUAGGCUUAUUAGUUUUAAGAGAAACCACAUUGACAGCGUUGUGUUAAGAACAGACUAACUUCUCACAGUUAUUUGAAUGCUCUAGUUCACACGGCUCCAUUUUAACGUGUUUGUGAGAGAGAGAGAGAGGGAGCGAGCGAGCAGAGGAGCUGAGCGAAUCAGUGCGCUGCAGGCAGCUCCACAAUGACUUUGGUUUUACUCAUAUUAAAAAGUAUAUCGUUUGUGGCGGUCAGCGUUGAUAUUGUGGCAUCAAUGAAUGGGAAACGCUGCAGUGUGGUUCAGAUUCUACAGACUGUUUUUAUGUCAUCUUAGUUCUGAUUAGUGUUGUCAUUUCAGGUUUCUCCUGCCCUGCAGUGACUCCUCCCUUUUCCCCGUUAUUCCCUUUAACCUGACUUCCCCCACCUACCUGCACACCUGUUGCCACUUUUCCCAUCAACCCUGCAGUAUACAUACGGCCCAUUCCCAUUCAUUAUAUGCCAGGUUGUCUGUUGUGCUCUCACUUCAGCUUUCUAGUCAUCAGUUCUGCCUGCCGGACUGCUGGACCCCUUUUAAGUAAAUGUGCCAGUUUUAGUCCAUCUGCCUGGUUUUGACUUUUGCCGGCUUUUGGACCGCAAGCAAACGUGAACUUUGACUCACCCUGUUAUGCAUGUGGGUUCAGACCUGUUUCUCUGUCUUUGAGAAUUAAACAGCGAAGGUUUUGUUUUCUGCUCUGGUUUGUUUCGUGUGAAUGCUAAACAACAGCGGACACAGAUCACUCAGAAGAGCUUCAGUGGUUAUUGACAAAGCAGACAGCCAAUGAGAGGGCAGCGCCUGAACAGAUGAGGCCUGGUUAAAGAUAAUGUUUUUAAUAACCCGUGACCUUUUGUGAACUUGUCUUUGUUGAUUCUGAUUGGUCAGUUCUGCUGCAGAUGUUUUUACAGGAGCUCAGGGCAACAGGGAAACAUGAGUCAGACGUUACACAGCUGUGACGAUGAGGUGAGGCUUUACAUAGAUCCACCGCAGGUUCAGUUUGGCCCUGAUGAAGCUACCGGUGACUGACCGUGAACUCGUCCAAUCAGAACAAGCUGUAACCAUCGCCAUGGUCCGCUGAGAGGGCUGUGGGGAGACUGAUCCAGCUGCAGUCCACAGCAGCAGCUUCCGCAUCUCCGCUCAAGUUCAAUAAUAAAGUCGCACCAAUGAAAGCACCAGCAGGGCUGCAGUAUCAUUCGAUUAUCUGACAGUGAUGGAGGGUCAGACUGUGUUUUGGGUUCAAAGCCCUGAGCGGAGAUCUCGACGUCAUCACUGCAUCAGACAUGUUUCCUGAGAUCAAAUCAGCUGACAGGUGACACAGCAGACAUGAGUUGGUUGGUGAACAUGACUACUGAUUAGAAUGAAGUCAAAGUAACCCAUGUGGAUACACAGACCUACACUAACACUGUACUGAUGACAUGAACAUUAUCGUGCAGACAGGCAAACGUCUUCAGAGAGAUUUGGAUUCGCUGGCUGUAACAGAACUUGAUGUCCUCAGAGAAACUAUCAUGGUACUGAAGCUGCAAAAAUCACUUUAUUAAAAAUCACCUAAAGAGCCGUAUGAGGGGAAAAGUUAGUGAGAUCCAGGAAACAUAAAUAGAUUCACAGCCUAUAAUUCACAAUGACACAGGAAGCUGACAGCUGUGCUGAUUUAACACAAUAUUAGUAAAUGUGUUUUAAAUGUUUUUGAUUAACAUUAAAUGUGUGUUUCAUUACAGAAAACUGAUCAUUAAUGAUUAUCUGCAGCUCUCUCUUCCUCCCCAGGCAUUUGCUGCAUUCUUUCUUUCUUAAUGUCUAUAUUAUUUCAUGUGUUUUUGUAUGAAGUAUGGUAUAUCAGUAUUCUAUAAUACUCUCUGUGUACGUUCUAGCAUUAAUCUUUGUUCAGCGGAAACAUCCGUUGUUUUUCAUCUUUGAUUCUGUAAGAGAUUCCGUUUGUCAAACUGUGACUUAUUGCAAAGAAACAAUCUCUUCACAUGAUUGGUGGAUGAGUGUCCGAGUCAUCAAACUGCUAUUGGUUGACUGUAAAUGUUUGAGGAUGAUGAAUAACAGAUGUGACCUGCAGUAAAAACAAAGCCAUUAAAGAUUCAAACUGUC